CUACACACCAACCAACACCAUGCCUAACGGAUGCUGCUGCUACUCCACUAAGUCCUGCAAGUCUCCGUGCUGCAAGACUCAGAGCUGCUGCUCCUCUCAGUGCUGCUGCCCCUCACAGUGCUGCUGCCCAUCUCAGUGCUGCUGCCCAUCUCAGAGCUGCUGCUGCAUGCCCUGCUGCAUGCCCAUGACCUGCUGCUACACCAUGAGCAACAACAGCAGCAGUGGCUGCUGCGGCUGUGGCAACUAAAACCCUGGGCAAGGGGCAGGGUUGCGCUCAGCUCCCCUGCUGCUGCGCUUCUGCUGCUUCCAACAUAGCUCCUUGGUGCUGGAUAUGGAUAUGGAUACGGCCCUAAGCACUCUCUUUGCUUAGAGACUACAGAUCUCUCCUCUUCUUUGCUCGCCUUUCAUCACCAAAUGCCUGUAAUGUGCUUUGAAGUUUCUACCCACUGAUCAGUGUGAUUUUCCUUUGUAAGCUCUAAUCCUGCUGUUAACUUUGCCUCUUGGUGUAUGGGAUGUUAAAUGCUUUUCAUCACUGUUU